AUGGUUAUCCGGGCAGCAGGGCUGGAGAGACCGCCAGGGAGCAUAGUCGCCAGUCCAGCACCGAGACUCGCCUGGCCAAAGACUGCGCCGCACACUUGCCAGGAUUGCCAAACAUUCCUGAAAAAUAUACCUGCUAUUUAUGGCAUGUGGCUUGUAACUUUACUCCUGCUGUACUCUCUCCGGGAAGUACACAGUGAGGAUGUGGGCUCUACCAGGCUGUACUUUGUGAACGCAUCCCUGCAGAGGCUGACCUACUCCAGCUCGGUGGGGGUGUCUCUGCCCUGUCCGGCGGGCGGCACCCCCACCGCCAUCCUGCGCUGGUACCUGGCCACCGGCGAUGACAUCUACGACGUGCCCCACAUCCGCCACGUCCAUGCCAAUGGCACCCUCCAACUCUACCCCUUCUCACCCUCCGCCUUCAACUCCUACAUCCAUGACAACGACUACUUCUGCACCGCAGAAAACCAGGCUGGCAAGAUCCGAAGCCCCAAUAUCAGAGUCAAAGCUGUGUUCAGGGAGCCGUACACUGUGCGUGUUGCAGACCAGCGCUCCAUGCGGGGCAACGUGGCCGUGUUCAAGUGCCUCAUUCCCACCGCCGUGCAGGAGUACGUCAGUGUGGUGUCCUGGGAGAGAGACACUGUCUCCAUCGUCCCAGGUAACAGGUUCUUCCUGACGUCCUUUGGUGCUCUGUACAUCUCAGAUGUCCAGAAGGAGGAUGCCCUCUCCACCUACCGCUGCAUCACCAAGCACAAAUACAGCGGAGAGACACGUCAGAGCAAUGGAGCCAGGCUGUCUGUCAUGGACCCCACCGAAUCGUCUCCCUCUAUCCUGGACAGUUUCCAGGCGGGGGAAGUCUCGGCUGGUCAGAGUGUGGAGCUCCCCUGCAUGGCAGCAGGGUACCCCAGCCCCACGGUGCGCUGGCUAAAGGACGGGCGCCCGCUGCCCUCCGAUGCACGCUGGACGCGGCGCCUCACGGGUCUGACCAUCAGUGACCUCAGGCAGGAGGACAGCGGUAGCUACGCCUGUGAGGUCACCAACAGCUUCGGCUCGAAGGAGGUGUCCGGAGCACUCUAUGUCAUAGACCCCCUGCGAGUGACCCUCUCCCCUAAGAGUCUGAAGACGGGCAUCAGCAGUACCCUGUUCUUUACCUGUGCUGUGGAGGGUUCGCCAGAGUACACAGUGGCUUGGUACAGGAACACAGAACCUAUAGUCCCAGACCAGCACAUCUCUAUACAGGGCUCCCACAACGACACCCUGCAGAUCACAGCCGCUCAGAAGAGCCACUCUGGGGCCUACCAGUGCUUUGCCUCCCGCAAGGGCCACACCGCCCAGGACUUCUCUAUCAUACUGCUGGAGGAUGGCACUCCUCGUAUCGUGUCUUCCUUCAGUGAGCGCGUGGUCGCCCCCGGUGAGCCAUUCUCCCUGAUGUGUGCCUCCAAGGGAGCCCCACCCCCCUCCAUCACCUGGACGCUGGACGACGAGCCUGUGGUGCGAGACUCCGCCUACAAGACCAGCCAGUACACCCUAUCAGACGGCCUGACCGUGUCACAUGUCAACGUCAGCAGCCCGGCCAUCCGUGACGGGGGAGUGUAUCGCUGCGCUGCACGCAACUCGGCCGGUAGCGCCGAGUACCAAGCGCGCAUAAACGUAAGAGGUUCUCCUAGGAUCAGGGAGAUGCGUGACAUCACGGCUGUGGCAGGAAGGAACACCUUUAUAACCUGUCGUGUGAUUGGUUACCCCUACUACUCUAUCAAGUGGUUUAAGGACGGCAUGCUGCUGCCUGACAACCAUCGCCAGGUGGUGUAUGAGAAUGGAACCCUGAGGCUGAGUGAUGUGCAGAAGGGCAUGGACGAGGGUACCUACCUGUGUAGUGUGCUCAUCCAGCCACAGACCUCCAUCGACCAGACUGUCCACGUCACUGUCAAAGUGCCACCCCUGAUCCAGCCCUUUGAUAUCCCCUCCACGUCGGUGGGAAAGCUGAUGUACAUUGCCUGCGUGGUGUCGUCAGGUGACAUGCCCAUCCGCAUCACCUGGCACAAAGACGGGCAACUCAUCGUGCCUGGUUCCGCCUCUGGUGUUGGCAUAGAGACCAAGGAAUUCAUGAGCUCCUUGCAGAUCUCCAAGGUGACGCUGAAGCACAACGGCAACUACACCUGCAUCGCUAGCAACGCCGCGGCAACCGUCAGCUGGGAAAGACAGCUGGUCGUCACCGUUCCCCCUCGCUUCGUGGUCCAGCCCAACAACCAGGAUGGGAUCUAUGGGAAGGCAGGAGUACUAAACUGUUCUGUGGAGGGAUACCCACCUCCCAAAGUCAUGUGGAAACACGCCAAAGGUAUAGGGAACCCCCAGCAGUACCACCCUGUGCCUCUGACUGGUCGGAUCCAGAUCAUGUUCAACGGCUCCCUGCUGAUUCGCCACGUCCUAGAGGACGACCGGGGAUACUACCUCUGUCAGGCCUCCAAUGGAGUGGGCUCUGACAUCAGCAAGAGCAUGGUUCUCACCGUCAAGAUUCCAGCCAUGAUCACGUCACACCCUAACACCACCAUGGCCAUCAAGGGCCAGAUGAAGGAGCUGAACUGCACAGCGCGGGGCGAGCAGCCCAUCAUCAUCCGCUGGGAGAGGGGCGACACUGUCAUCGAUGCCGAGAGGAACCCCCGCUACUCCAUCACCAUCAACAAGAAGGGGGACGAGGUUAUCUCCACACUCAAGCUGAAGCCAGCGGAGCGCGGGGACUCAGUCUUCUUCUCCUGCCAUGCCAUCAACUCAUACGGAGAGGGGCGAGGACUCAUCCAGCUUACUGUGCAAGAGCCUCCUGACCCUCCUGAGUUGGAGGUGAGAGAGGUGAAGGACCGCAGUAUGAACCUGCGCUGGAUCCAGAGGUUCGAUGGCAACAGCAUCAUCACCAGCUACGACAUCGAGUAUAAGAACAAGUCUGAUACUUGGGAUCACAAGUACACCACCAGGAACAUCUCCCCCACUAACAACCAGGCUAACAUCGUGGAGCUGCACCCUGCCUGUGUCUACAGCAUCCGCAUGUACUCCUUCAACAAGAUCGGACGCAGCCAGCCUAGCAAGGAGCUCACCAUCAGCACUGAGGAAGCACAACCUGAUGGGCCCCCUAUGGAAGUGAUCCUCCAACCAAUGACGUCUCAGAGCAUACGGGUCACAUGGAGGGCCCCCAGAAAGGAGCUUCAGAACGGGUUGAUCCGGGGGUACCAGAUCGGUUACCGUGAGAACGGGCCGGGCAGUAACGGCCAAUACAGCAUUGUGGAGAUGAAGGCCACAGGGGACAGUGAGGUGUACACCCUGGACAACCUGAAGAAGUUUGCCCAGUAUGGAGUGGUGGUCCAGGCCUUCAACAGGGCUGGCACUGGUCCCUCUAGCACUGAGAUCAACGCUACCACACUGGAGGAUGUGCCCAGCCAGCCGCCCCAGAACGUGCGGGCUAUCUCGGUGACCUCAGACGAGGCGGUGAUCACGUGGGCGGAGCCACCGCGUCUGACGCUGCAUGGCGUGUUGAAGGGCUACCGCGUGGUGUUCUGGUCCCUCUUCCCUGACGGAGGUGGGUGCUGUGGGGGCCAGGCACAGGGGCCGAUGCAGAAAUGGGGAGAGAUGCAAAACAUCACUACAACUCGUGAGCAGGUGGAGCUGAGAGGGCUGGAGAAGUUUACUAACUACAGUGUCCAGGUGCUGGCCUACACACAGGCUGGGGACGGGGUCAGGAGCAAUGUCCUGUACAUCCAAACCCGCGAGGACCUCCCAGGUCCUCCAGCUGGUAUCAAAGCCGUGCCCUCAUCUCCCAACAGUGUGGUCGUGUCCUGGCUACCCCCCCUUAAACCCAAUGGUGUCAUCCGCAAGUACACCAUCUACUGCUCCAGCCCAGGCUCCGGACAACCGGCUCCCAGUGAGUAUGAGGCCAACCCAGAGAUGUUGUUCUACAGGAUCACCCAUCUGACCCGCGGUAAACAGUACCUCAUCUGGGCCUCCGCCGUGACAACUGCUGGCCGCGGCAACAUCAGUGAAAAGGUCACCGUGGAGCCUGCUGGGAAAGCCCCAGCUAAGAUCCUGUCGUUCGGGGGCACAGUGACUACUCCCUGGGUGAAGGAGGUCCGUCUGCCCUGCAGCUCAGUGGGAGAACCCACCCCCACCAUCAAAUGGACCAAAGACAGUGAGGACUCGACUAUCCCUGUGACUGUGGAUGGGCAGCGUCAGAUCCUGUCCAACGGUACUCUGGUGUUACGUUCUGUCAAAGCUGAGGAUUCUGGGUACUACACGUGCACGGCCACCAACACCCUGGGCUUUGACACCAUCAUAGUAAACCUACUGGUGCAAGUUCCUCCAGACCAGCCCCGUCUGACCGUCUCCACCACCUCCACCUCUUCCAUCACCCUGGCCUGGAUCCCUGGGGACAACGGAGGCAGCUCCAUCAGAGGUUUCGUCCUGCAGUACUCAGUGGACAACACAGAGGAGUGGAGGGAUGUGUUCAUUAGUUCCAGUGAGCGUUCCUUCAGGCUGGACAACCUGCGCUGUGGGACCUGGUACAAGGUCAAAUUGGCAGCCAAGAACAGUGUGGGCUCAGGACGCAUCUCUGAGAUCAUCGAGGCUAAGACCCACGGACGAGAGCCCGUGUUCAACAAGGAGCAGCCCCUGCUCACCCACAUCAACUCCACCCACGCGGGGCUCAACCUGCAGGGCUGGACCAGCGGCGGCUGCCCCAUCACCGCUCUGCUGCUGGACUUCCGGCCCAAGGGCACGUGGGCCUGGCAGAGCCUGAAGGCCAACGCCACGGCCCAGCUAUUCCUCAGCGAGCUGCGGGAGGCCACCUGGUACGAGCUGAAGAUGAAGGCCUGUAAUAGCGCCGGCUGUGGGAACCAAAGCUCCCAGUUUGCCACCACAGACUAUGACGGCAGUACCAUCCCUCCUAUAAGCUCGGCCCAUGAGGACAGAGAUGAUGUGAAGAAGCUGUUCUCCAUCGGUUCUCCUGUCAUCCUGGUCACCCUGGGCGUCGCCCUGCUCUUCAUCAUCCGCAAGAAACGCAAAGAGAAGAGACUCAAACGACUCAGAGAUGCUAAGAGCCUUGCAGAGAUGCUUAUCAGUAAGAACAACCGCAGCAUGGACACCCCAGUGAAGGGUCCUCCCCAGGGCCCCCGGCUCCACAUCGACAUCCCUCGUGUCCAGCUGCUCAUCGAGGACAAGGAGGGCAUCAAGCAGAUAGGUGAGGACAAGGCAGUGGCCCCAGUGACGGACACAGAGUUCAGCCAAUCAGUGAAUCCACAGAGCUUCUGCACGGGUGUGUCUCUGCACCAUCCUGCCCUCAUCCAGAACACAGGGCCCUUGAUUGACAUGUCAGACAUCCGCCCCGGAACCAAUCCAGUGUCGAGGAAGUGUGUGAAGUCAGCCCACAGCUCCAGAAACCGCUACUCCAGCCAGUGGACCCUGAGCAGGCCGGGCCAGAGCCAAUCAACAGCCUCCGCAAGGACUCUGACCUCUGACUGGCGCACCAUGGGCUCCCACGGCAUCACCGCUACCGAGAGUGACAGCUACAGCGCCAGCCUGUCCCAGGAUACUGACAAGGGUCGUAACAGCAUGGUGUCCACAGAGAGUGCGUCGUCUACGUAUGAGGAGCUGGCGCGGGCCUACGAACACGCCAAACUGGAGGAGCACCUGCAGCAUGCCAAGUUCACCAUCACAGAGUGCUUCAUCUCCGACAGCUCCUCUGACCAGAUGACCACAGGCACCAACGACCCGGCCGACAGCAUGACAUCACUCAGCACCCCAUCCGAGACAGGCCUGUGUCGCUUCACCGCCUCGCCACCCAAACCCCAGGACUACGACCGCGGCAGACCUACCAACGUUGCCGUGCCCAUCCCCCACCGUGCCAACAAGAGUGAAUUCUGCAACCUCCCGCUCUACAUGAAGACGGAUCCUUUCUUCCGGAAGCAGGCAGAACUGCAUGACCCAUGCCCUGCGGUCCCGCCCAGGGAGGCCUCCAUCCGCAGCCUGGCACAGCGGGCGUACCACACCCAAGGACGUCAUAUGACUCUGGACCCGUCCAAGCAACAGGCCCUGACGCUAGGCCACUCUGGGUUGGGCAGUCUGGGCAUGAGCUCAGGCACUGCCACCCUGCCCCAGAGGACUCUCACCAUGCCCUGCUCCAACCCUGCAGCCACAGCCUCCACUUCCAGCACCAGCAGCAACCCCACUGGCUCCAGCACAAAGAUGGGGGGCUCCAGAGACUCACUGCUAGAGAAUAGCUCCUCAGCGCUGGGCAGACUGCAGAAGCAAGGGGUCGGGGCCUACUCUAAGUCUUACACACUGGUGUAGCUACUAGCCCCCCCUUCUCUCUCUCAAAGACUAAACACUCCUGUCUGGCCCGGCCCCGGCCCCGGCCCACACCCAGCCCCACACCAGUGUUCUACACAUCAGGUCAGCGAGGGCAUGCAGUGCAGUGCAGCAGGUGUCCCCAGCUAACUGCUAGCUAACAUCUAAUUACCCAGUAGCGUGAUUAAUCUUUAUUCAGACUUUAGAUUCUGCCUCCCAGGAAUGACCAGAGACCAUUAUAACCUGCCUGAUUCAUGCUCACCUGGACCUGUAUAAAACAAACUACUAUCUCCUAUUAACUAUCACUUCUAGCCUGAUGCCACGCUGCUCAAUAUGUGUGUCUGGUGAUGUACACACACACACACACACACACACACACACACACACACACACACACACACACACACACACACACAUA